AUGAUCAGCCACAAGCUGAAGACAGAAGACACCUUUGACGAGGGCGUCAUUGUUGACAAGCUGCACAUCUCGCGGCCAGUGGGGGCAACUGGGCAAUGGUAUCUAUCCCUCAGCGUUGAUCGCGAGCACUAUACCCCGUGCAUAACUGUCUCCAAGUUUGGUGGCGUGAGCCUGAGCUCCAUUGCGCGAGAUCGACCCGAGACACUCUCUCAAUUUCAUUUCAAGAAUUCGGACGGUAUCUCGGCCGAUCUUAUGUCACAAAUCGUUGCGCAAGUACGCCUCACGACCGUCGAGGCGGCCAAUAUGGAAGCAAUCCUCCAGGGAAUGCAUCAGAUCUUUGUGCAGAAAGAUGCCACGCAUCUCGAAAUCAACCCCUUGGCUCGGUUACCCGACGAAUCUCUGACGUGCGUCAGCGCCAGUUUCACUUUCGACGACGCAGCGGCGAAACGACAACCGGAGCUCUUCGCGCUGCGCGACAAGGCACAGGCGGUUCCGGAGGAGAUAGAAGCUGAGAAGCACGGACUGGUAUACGUCAAGAUGGACGGCAACAUUGGCAAUGUCGUCAACGGAGCUGGGCUCGCCAUGGCGACGAAUGAUGCCAUUGGCCUGUACGGGGGCAAGAGCGCAAAUUUCCUCGAUGCGGGCGGCCAGGCCACCAAGGAGACUAUGGUGCGAGCGUUUGACAUUGUCCUCGGGGACAAGCGGGUAAACACGAUCCUGGUGAACGUCUAUGGCGGUAUCACCAACUGUGCCAUGAUCGCAGAGUCCAUCAUCGGCGCAGCAGCAGAGCUAGGUCCGUUGCGAGUGCCUCUCGUCAUCCGACUCCAGGGAACCAACUCUGCCCAGGGGCUCAAGCUGCUCGAAGAAGCCAAUUUGGGUCUGCAUGUUGAGGCGGACUUUGGCGCAGCAGCUGAAAAGGCCGUACAGCUGUCUGGCGCAUGUCCAUAG